AUGUCACAGGAGUCUAGUUCUGGAUCUGGAAGUCAUGAAACCCACAGUCCGAGUCUUUUAAACAAUCUUCGUCAGUUUCGGUUUCAGAAGAAAUCGCCGCCUAAAAUAGAAAUCAGUCGGUUAAAUGGCAUAGUCAGUAACGGCACACCUAAUCAUGCAUCAGUGGUGCCAGACAGUAUGUCAAGUGAGGAGUCUGUAGUGGUUCAACGCAAGAAGCCAGUAGCUUGCAUUCAGGAUAGUGAAGAUUCUGAAGGUGAAAAUGAGGUUGACAUUGUCCUCAAAGAGAACAAUCUGAAGUUUCUUGAAGAUGCCUUCCCUUCAUUAGAUAAAAUGGUGCUGCAGGAUGCACUGGUAUCUAGCAGCUGGAGUGUAGAAACAGCAAUGGCACUCCUUUGUGAAGGCAGUUCAGUUGGAGACAAAAAACGUUCUGCUAAUGUUCGGACACGCAAGAAAGUUUACAGUGAUGAUUCAGAUCAAGACAUUUCAGAUGAUCUAACAGGUGACAAGAAGGAGGUACUCGAAUUUUUGUCAACAGCUACAGUUGGAGAGUUACGAGUCAUACCCCACUGUUCCCAAAAGAAAGCCGAGGCAAUCAUACAACAACGACCUUAUAUUGGGUGGAAAGAUCUAGUUGAGAAAUUCCAGGAGGGAAAAUUUCUUGGAACAGAACUGCUCAAUUCUGCUCAAGAUGUUCUGAGAGCUCGUCAGGUGGUUCAAGCCUUAAUGAAGAAGUGUACCAAACUUGCAGCACAAAUGGAGCGUGCAAUAGCUGCUGGGGCCUCUAGUGUUAAGAAACAGCCGUCUCUACUUUCACCGAGUCUUACACUCGCAGGGUAUCAGAUGGUCGGUCUCAACUGGCUCUUGGUUAUGCAUGGGCAGUGGUUGAAUGGGAUCCUGGCUGAUGAGAUGGGUCUUGGAAAGACAGUGCAAGUGAUUGCAUUCCUGGCACAUUUGAAAGAGACUGGAAUGCAGGGUGAUGGACCUCACCUUGUAGUGGUUCCAUCUUCAACACUUGAGAACUGGAACAAUGAGUUUGCUAGGUGGUGCCCCUCACUGAAAGUUGUAACUUAUUAUGGUUCUCCAGAGGAUCGCAAGGCCAUGCGUAUUGGGUGGAUGAAAGGCGGUCUUGAAGGUGUUGAUGUCAUUCUUACUACAUACAGUAUAGUGAGUAGUUCCCCAGAAGAACGAAAGAUGUUCCGGGUGCUACGUAUGCAGUAUGUUGUUCUAGAUGAAGCACACAUGCUGAAAAACAUGGCCACACAAAGAUAUGACAAUCUUGCAAGAAUUAAUGCUGAACACCGUAUUCUGCUGACUGGCACACCAUUACAAAACAAUCUCAUAGAACUGAUGUCACUAUUAAUAUUUGUCAUGCCACACAUGUUUGAGGGGAAGAAGGAUAUCCUGAAGAGCCUUUUUUCUAAAUGUCCGCGAGAUGGUACAAAUACUUUAAAAGAGGAUGAGUUACCUCGAUUUGAGCAAGAACAAGUAGCACAAGCUCGGAGAAUUAUGAAGCCAUUUGUUUUACGGCGGUUGAAGUGUGAGGUCUUAAAAGAUCUGCCUACAAAAACAGAUGCAACACUACUAUGUCCUCUUACACCAAGCCAACAGGAAAAGUAUCAUGACCUUAUUCAGACGUUUUCUCAGCAGAGCACACAAGAGCUGACAGGCAGUAGUAGGGAACUGAGUGGCAUGGCAAUGAUGAUGCAGCUUCGAAAAAUGGCAAACCACCCAGUGCUUUCACGGUACCAUUUUACUGAUGAACAAUUGGAGGACAUAGCAAAACGAUUGGCUGCAGAUCCCACAUACAAAGAAACUAAUCCUGAAUAUAUUGUUCAAGAUCUAGCUAUAAUGUCAGACUAUCAAAUUCACCAUCUGGGUUCUGUUCAUAAGUGCCUGUCAGGCUACUCGCUGCCUAAGGAGAUUUUGGUCGAAUCUGGAAAAUUCUGGAAGCUGGAUGAAAUGCUGCCAAGGCUAAAAAGUGACGGUCAUCGAGUGCUCAUCUUCAGUCAGUUUGUUAUCAUGUUGGAUGUGCUACAGGAAUACCUGCAUAUUAGAGGGUAUCGUAAUUUGCGACUCGACGGCAGCACACCUGUCACAUCAAGGCAAGAAUUAAUUGAUGCUUUCAAUGCAGAUGAGUCAAUUUUUGCAUUCCUGUUAUCAACUCGAGCUGGUGGACUGGGGAUUAAUCUUACUGCAGCUGAUACAGUCAUUAUCCACGACGUAGACUUCAACCCAUAUAACGACAAACAGGCUGAGGAUCGCUGUCAUCGUGUUGGACAGACGAGGAGCGUGACAGUAACGAGGUUACUAAGUGAAGGCACAAUUGAAGAGGGAAUCCACCAAGUAGCCCAAGAAAAGCUUAAUUUGGAGCGUGAGAUUAGCAAUCCAGAAGAAAAUGAACCUGCAGAAGCGAAAAAUGUUGUUCGCUUGUUGAAGCAGGCUCUGGGUUUAGAUCGGGCUGUAUCAUCUCCACAGAAAACAUCAUGAAGCUUGCUACAAUUAGGCCAAGUUACAGCCUAAUUGCUGAAAACAUGUUCCAUAGAUGCAGCCAGUAAGUGUGGCACAUCACUUUACAUCUAGCCUUACUACAGAAAGUAUUGUGAAAAGUCUGAAGAGUGGUGCUCUGAUAUCUGCCUCAUACAGUGUGUUGAGGAUUCAGUGGAAUGUUUCAGAUUAGUAGAACUGGUAUGUCAUCAUAGAUAGGUUAGGUUAUGUGACAUCUGUCAAGAGAGUGGCGAUAUAGGAGGUGCAGUGGCCUCAUAAAACUACUUAAUGCCUUAUAAUUAGGAUAUUGAAGUUUGCUGCAUUUAUAUGAGCUCUUAACUGUAGCCAAAAGCUCAACAUGUAUGUUAUCACCUUUUUUUCUCACCCCUCCAAAAGACAUUGAAAGCUGUAGUAGAUGAGAAACAUCACUGGACAUAAGAUUCUGAAAUAUUUUUGUUUUAUUAUAAGCCUCAGUAAAGGGGUUACUCAUAACAAUGAAUGGCUGAGAGAUGUGAUACUCCCUAUUGUGUUGUAAUAGUAAAUAUUCCUGUGAUUUAAUGGUGAUUAGCAAACCAAGAUCUUUUCUGUUGUGCAGUAUAUAAAUAUAGCACUAGAGAGAGAAAACUUAGUUGAAUUUAGCUUUGUUAUUGACAUUUCAAAAGUGAUUUUUUUAUAAUUUGGUUCUGAAAAAUUAACCAGAUGUUUAUCAUUUUGUAAUACAGUUUCAUUUGAACUGCAGCAUUUUUACACAGUCCGUAUAGACAGCUUAAUGGGUGUGUUUUGGAACAGCAUUAGCUCAACUUAUAACAACAGAAACUGCAAGAAUUGUUGAUGUUAGUAUGAUGUAUAUUUUGCUUAAGAAUUUACAUAAUAGCCAUUGUUCCAGUUUAUUUUUAAACAAAUUAAACAUUCUGCUUCAAGAUGCAGCAUAAUACAGCAGAUCCAAUAAUCUUAAGUUUUAGUUCCUGUACACAGUUAAUAUGCGAGUGCUAAUUAAAAUAGAACAUUAUCCAUUAUUAUAAUAAGAUGCAAAGUGAACCCACUUCCUGCCAGACCAAGUGUUACAGGCUCUUUUAUAAGCAUUUUAUAACAGAAGGCUGAUCUUAAAAUCAAGUAUUUUGCACUGUUUUACUGUUUGUUAAAACAUCAAGAGCCAGUUCAUACAACCUGUUGCUCAUGGUCAUUUUAUGUUAUCUUUUAUAAAAAAAAAAUUAACGUGAACUAAUCCACAUAUAUGAAUAAUUUAAAUACUGGAGUAUAAAUGAAUUCCCAGGGAACAUUUACUGCUAUUUACAUUUACACUGUAACCAGCUUGUUAUCAGUGUGACUAAAAUGUAACCUCUGUUUUCUUAACAUAUCCAGUACAUGUGUUUCUUACUAAAACAGUCUUAUUGUUUCUAAUGCCACUACUAGCUACAGAUUCAGUAUUAUUAUGAUCAGGAUUAUUUUAUUCCUGAUCUGAGUCUAUAAUUGUGCAAUCCUGCAAAUGGAUUUUCCUUGAACUUGUCACGUAUUACAAUGCUAGAAGUAUCAUGCAACCAAUCUUAUUAUUAUUACCAGUAGAUAUUCUUAUUAUAUUAUUUAUUCAAACUGGAUUCCCACAUGGUAACAAUAAUUUUCAUUUACUGCUGUGGUGUGACUAUAGUGUCUGUAACAAUUCACUUGUUAAAACAGUGGAUAUCCAUAGCCAAAAAUGAUUUAAAGAAGUUGGCAUAUGUAUGCAUAACAGUUGUGGCAUAUUUAUCCUAUCAUUGCCUCUUUGAUUUUCAUUUUAUUAAAGCUAACUUUUGAUGCUCUCAUAUGAACAGGAAAGGUGGCCUUCAGCAGGUCUGAUGCCUUGUCAGUACAAAAAUUUGGUUCUUGCAACAAGAACACAGUAAUAUUAAAAAUUAUGAAAUCAGUUUGUUAUUCAGAUAUCAUGACAGCCAGAAGAUUAAGUUCCUACCUCAAAGAAUACAAAACAUGUUACCAAGACAAAGAUCAAGUUGUUGGGCUGACAUUGUCAUGCCAACCAAAACGUUCAGAUCGUACUUCAAAGAAAACAUGCAUCACCAUUACAUAGGUCAAUCAGUUAAUAGUACAUCAAGGAAAUACUUUUCUGUAAAGUGGCCAUUAAACUCAACCAUGAAAAUUGAAAUGGUUUGACAAUUUUUAUAAAACUCAGUAUAUCAUUCUAUAAAAAAUUAUUCAGCCAUUCUCAAGUUGUUACAUGCAUGUAGACAGACAGAGGGACAGACCAGUAAAAUGAUUUUAAUAGGUGCUCCAUAGAGAUGUGAACACACUUAAAAAUUAUAAAAACCUGGUAUGCCUGGACACAGUAUGCAGCAUUGGCCCUCAUUGUGUUAAAAUGCAGUAGAAAACCAGUCUUCAAGCAUCAGUCAUGUUUUAUCAUUGCAGGCCUAGCAACACCUGCAUCAUUUAACUCAUUCAGUUCACUGGCAGGAAAAGAGGGUUCAUUGAAUAACCGCAUAACAUAAUGCUCAGAAUUUCAUGGAAGCAAACAUCACACAAUGUCUUAAUAAGAUGUGGUAUUUCAAGUUUAUAAUAUAAAAGAACCUGGCAGCAAAAGCACACAGACAUAUGACUGUAUCAUGUAGGGUCUUCCUGGAGCAGCUGAUAGUUGUUCAGCUGGUUAAGAAAUUCCCUGUUGUGGAACCUGAGGGUAUUCUUCACACCCUUUGUCUCCUACAUGGUCUCUUCUCAUGAUGUUUUCUAGUGAACAUUUUUAGGUUAAAAAAACUUAAGGAGCUUUAUACACUUUUAUGAAAGUUAUUGUAAUUUUUCAUAAAUUAUGUAAAUGUAAAAGAACAGAGAACCAAUGUGGUUCCUUAAAUCUUAGGUGCAAGAUCAUUUUCAUUGUACACUUGUCUCUACAAACACACUUGCCAUGAGUGAUUUAAAAGAGAUUGAUGAAAAAUACAUUUAGUGAUAGUCUAAAUGCAUUACAGAUAUAAUCAUCAAAGAUUUAUCAUGUUAGUUGCAGAAAGCAAAUUAAAGACAGCAUUAAUGUUCUCUGAUUUUAACAUUUAACAUGAGUUUCUUCUAUAAGAUAUAUGAAACAUAUUGUGACACCAUCUGCAAGUGAAUUUUGUUAAAUGGUUAGUAAAUUUGGUUAUUAGUUAUGGAGCCCUGGUGCAGGGAGAGCAAUAUUUUUGUCCAACAGAAAACUGGAUAUUAAGAUAUUCUAUCAGUACCUUAGUUUUAUAACCUGCAUUUGCAUUUGCUCUUUUUGAUAAGUUUAGUUCAUGUGGUAAAAGAAUUGGUCAAAUGAGAGUGCCACAAAGCCGAGUAUGGAAUUGAUGGUAGACAGAUAACAUCUUGGGGGUAUGAUGAUCACAUUCCCAUGCUGAAGGAUUCAUGUUGGACCAGAGAUGCUUAAGCUUAAAAUCAGACAAACAGUUUACUGCCUAAGAAUGUGGCUUUGCUUCCAGAUGAGCAGACCUUCUAAAGUAAAACAAUGGCAGACUGAUAUGUGUACUUUAGACAACCUUUUGGGGAAGUUGCAUUAUGGUACAUUUACAGACUGGGUCCAACAGUAUUAGAAUUGAAGCAAAAUACAUCGAAGAUAGAUAUUGUGAUUUGUUAUACAUUCAAACAGAAAGAUGUUUGGUUUGCUGUCAGGCCGAGUGUAAACUUCAGACAGAAUAAAUUGGGGUACCAUGUGGUAAAAUAAAUUAACUUGAAAAUGUAA